AACAAAACAUCUAUCUAUAAGAUAGAUCUUUUGGGCGAGAAGCUGGCGGAGACCACCGCAGUUGUGAAGUUAAAGUUGAAAGCGGAAGAGAAGACGGUGGAUACAGGGGUUCCCUUCCCCCUCAAGACGGAGGAAGACAUAGAGCUCUUCGAGAGCGCUAUGACACCUAAGCGGCGGGAGUUUUACAAAGCAAAAAUUACUAACUUCGCAAAGAAGGAUAACUUCGCAAAAGUUUUGCGAAAAAUCAUUGAUGAUGGCUUGCUGCCAAAUUUUAAUUUGGACGGCACAAACAUGAAAAAGAGGUUCAAAAACUUUACAAACCUCUUUUCUAUUUUGAAAGACGUCUCACAAGAGGUAUUUCCCCUCGAGGAUGGGGAAAAACGGCUAGUGCUGCGAUUUCAGGCGACCAUAGAUGUAGGGUACUGUGGGGUGGUCCUGAAGUGCAUGUAA